AAAUAGUACCCGCCGAGGAAAGGAAAAUGUUUCGGCAAAGAUCUCGUGUUGCUCCUAAUCGUAAAUCAGUAUUUUUGUCACAUGAAAGAUGGCAGUACACGGGGAAUUCAUACACCCGAAUGAGCCAGCUUCCCAAGCAUGUGCUGGAGCUGGUUGCAGACCAGGAGGUGGCAAACACUGUGGUGGAGCUGGACGAAAAUAGCAUGAACCCACAAUGUGACAAAGAAAAGUUCUUCCAAGAUCUAAAGAUUGUUUUGGGCCGAUUGAUGAAUUUUGAAUCUCGAAGAGGCCAAGAUGAUGGUGGGGUUGAUGAUGAACAAAACAAAUAUGCCAUCAGUCUUUACAAGCAUGGAGGAGUUGAUGUACUUGUGAGGAUUUUGAUGUUUCCUUCAUUGUUUCCCCCAUUCACCAAAGCAAGAGAUGAGAGUGAUAUUGACCUAAGAAUAAAAGCAAUGGUGCUAGAUAUUUUGACCAAAAUUACACCAACCACUGUGGGCGAAGAGGUUACUACAUACUUGAUGGAACAGGAGGAUGUUCUCAGCUACAUGUUCACACUGCUUGCACACCAGAAAACCUUUAUCAACGCCUGCCAGCUCAUUGAAGACAUGCUACAGUCCAAGAAAAUACUCCUUGAUCUGAACAAAAUCAAUAAUAUACAGACCUUGAUACAGUGCUUAAGAGAUGAACAAUUGGCAAAUUUCUGUCGUAUUCUGGCAGUAGCAAUAUCAGAUUUAGAUAUCUAUGACAACAAGUCUUCCUUAUUUGCACAGAAUAAACAGAAAAGAAGUAAAGGUUUCAUCAAUGUCAGAGAUAUCAAUCAAGAAUUACUGUUGAGUAUACCAGAGCUUCUUCCUAGACUUGUCAACCUGGCAGUGUCAAAAACAUACACCCCACGUUACCCGGGGAUGCAGAGUGAGCUGGACUGCUGGAUGGAGUGGAUCGAGAACCAGAUGGCCGAGGAGUCUCAUGACCUGCCUGUGGACGACGAAAUGGAUGACUUCAUCGGAGGUGUCACAGCACCGACAACAGCAGGUAGCCCAAUGUUGUUGCAGCAGGGCCUCAAGAUUACAGAAGAGUUGGUACAGCGAGUGGAGGUCGUUUAUGUGCUGGGUCUCUUCCUACUUGGCAAACACCGGAAAAAGGUGCAAAGAAAGCUGGCAGAGUUGAAGCUAGCCCCGGGGCUUAGUGAACUGUUCGACCAGUUCAUAUGGAAGUGCCAAGUUGGCAGGUACAGCAGUCGACAUCGAAUGCGAGGUCACAAUGCAGCUUGUGAAUGCAGUCCUGAAGUUGCCUUAAAGAUACAGUUCCUUAGAUUAGUACAUAGCUUCUGUGAUCACUCUGACUACAAACAUUUGUUGUUAUCAAAGAAUGAGUUGAAUGAGGUGAAAAGAAUAAAUGCCAAAGCUGGUUCUUUGCAACUUUUAAAUUUAGACAAUGUAAACAAACUGUUGAUGUGUCGGGGUAGUAAGGGACUUCUCACCAAAAUUGUUGACGUGAUGAAGAAAGAGCCUACAACAUCAACAUUCAGGUUUUGGUUGGCACGUGCAGUCGAGAGCUAUCUCCGUGGUAACACCUCCUACUGUGAUCAAAUCUUCCUCAUGAGGCGCGGCCUUCUCCAGCAUGUGGCUUCCAACAUUGUAGACCAUGAGAUUCGACACAAGGAGAUCCUACAGAGCAGCUUUGACCUGCUAGGGGAGCUUGUCAAGUUCAACAUUGAGGCUUUCAAAACAUUUGACUCCAUCCUCACUACACAAGAAAAGUGUGACAAGUUCAUAAACACGGUGAAUCGUAACCUGGUAGACUCGAACAUGUUCAUCCGCAGUCUCAUUCUGUCCCUUGAACACUUCCGUGCAGAGGAUGAGAACCAGAAAGUAGAUUAUUCAAAGCGUGACAGCAAGUUACUCAAUUACAUAGCAGACUUCAGUCGUCAAUUGGAUUACCUAUACCGUCUCAUCUCCAUCAUAGAUGUGCAGAACCUCACACAGGAGAAUGUGAGCUGCCUGAACACGACCCUGGUAUUCCUCAUGUUUGCCAACCGGAAACAUCAGCUGGGCAGAUACCUCCAGGCACUUAAGGAUGAGAAGGAGGGUAUGCUGGAGGUGAAUGGAUCCGUACAGUUCAUGACCAACUUCCGAGACCUGCUCGUCUUCUGGCAGGACCACUACCUGCACAAGGACAAGGACUGUAGCGCCCUCGAGAAAAGUUCCCGUAUCAGUUUUGACUACUGGAAGCAGACUGUGGCUACAUUAGUGUCUGGCGAUGCUGAAAAUGAAUGUGCUAUAGCCCACUACUGUACUCGCCCACCUUGUGAGCGAACCAUUUAGACAGGGGCUGGCUGCCUGUUGUUAUCGUGACUUCAGUAUGCGAAUCCCAGAUUGUGUACUUCAUUGAAGCAUUUGUGAAUGUUCUGAAGACCUUUCUGAUGUACUAGAAUGUACAUGGGAGCUGUGUGCUAGUCAGCAUAUGGAGAGUUAAGCAUUUCUGGAGUUGUAUGCUAAAUUGGACUAAAGCCACUGGACAGGAGAGAUUGUAGAGACAUGUGGACUCUUGGAGUAACUGUUUUGAUGGGUUCAGUGCAUGUAGUAGGCUCAAGCUCUAGUGUUGUGUGAAACAGAGGUUGUGUCCAAAUGACAGACACUCCUUGUGCAAUGGUGCAAAAGUCUUUGCUAUCACUAAAAAUACUUAAACAUGAAUUACAAAAAAAAACAAUGUAGACAAUGAUGUAUGUGAAGAUGAAAAUAUAUUUUGACCUAGUGAAAGGAUACUACUGGACUACUAGCCCAACUACCGUGCAUGAAAUUCAAUUUAGCAACCUGACCCAAUGCAGCACAGAAUGGUGGCAUUUCUUUCACAAAUCUACAUUGAACCUGACUGAAAAAAAAUGAAAGAAUAGAUGUGGAAAAGUGUAAUCUUUGUAUUAUGGUAUAAUACUAGAUGAGCUGGUUAAGUACAGGUCACUAGGAAGGGACUUUCCAUGGAAGAAAUAUGGAGUUUCUGUAUUAGGGCAUAAUUCUGUGCUUUUUCAGUGAUAUAGACUGCGCUAACAACUGCCUCUUUUAUGAAUUAUCUGUUAGCUGUUCACUGAUUGUGUAUAUAUUAUAUAUUGCGUUGUUUGAACAUAAAAAUUGUAACUUUAAUCUGUGUGAAAAUGUUAUAUGCAUAAUUAUUACGAUUUUAAUAAUAAUAGAUAUUAACAUUACCAAUUUGUUUACAUGUAACAAAGUCUGAUUGUAUCAGAAGUAUAUAAGGCACUGUCACAAAUUAAUCUGGAAAGUUAAACACUUUUCAGCCUAGAGUCUAGUUAACGAUACUAAAUCUGAAAAUAUCUACCUCAAAAAAGCUCUCUUCUAUAACUAUGUCUCUGUGUAAUAAAAUAAAAAAAUCAAUACUUAUACGCUAGAGUAUUCAAAAUGCGUGUUUGUUUAAAUGUCAGCAAAUAACUUGGUGUAAAUGUUAAGAGUAUGUGCAUUAUACACAUACUGUCAUCAAAGUGUAUAUAUUAGAAGUAUGAGAUAUUGGACCUAUUUAUUAUUUAAAGCAAUAAAUUGGAAGCAUAUUGAUUAAGCGAAUUGUGUAAAUAUUUCUGGAAAUAAUUUUAUUUAAUGUUGCUUUGUGCUCACAAAUGAUCCAUAGAUCAUAAUGUAGUCCUGACAUUGUGCAUUUUUGCCAUAAGAUAAUAAUUGUAUAUUUCAUUGUGUAAAUGUUGCCUAUCUUGGUGUUAGUCAAAAGUCGUGUAAAUGUUGCCUAUCAUGGUUGUUAGUCAAAAGUCCAGGGGACCAUCUCAUGGAGAAUCCUAGAAGCAGGGUCUGUGCAUGUACCUUGAAGAUAAUUUCAACAGAACUGCACAGUUGGAAAGACAUCCUUAGGUUGUAUGAAACCGCUCUUAGUAUUCUUGAUGAAACGGACCCUGUAGAACAGUCAGUAGUUUUGCUUGUACAUUUUAACUGAUCAUUGUUGUUUAGUGCUUUACCGAUUAAAUGGAGAAAAGAUGCCAUCUAUAUCAUACACAUACACAUAUACAUUUUAUCUGCAUAUUUAUAUCCCAUGCAAACAAAGUUUGAAGGGGGUAAAUUGGAGUCACCCUGUGGUCCUCUGUUGCAAAUUUUCUUGUCUGGAGGAUAACUUAAACUACUGGAUGGAAUCAAAUAAAUUUCAUACAAUGAUAUUACAUAAUGGGAGGAAGUGCAGUGUACAAGAACCAUAACUCUAUUUAAGCUAAUAGUUAUUGCCCUUUGAUACUUUUCCUUUUGCUUGUUACUCUUUCUUUCAGCAGUGUAUCUUCUUAAUUACUCAAUGGAUUUUAAUUAUAUUACAUACAUUGGUUAAACAUGAUAAGUUGAAAUUCAGUGUACAGUAACCUCAGAGUUAUUGCCUCUCGUCAAAGAAAUAGUUUGCCAUUCCUGUGUCCAGGCGGCAUUUGGUGGUUUGUCACUCCUCUUACAGCUCAAGUUAAUGUCUGGUAUUUGCUCUCAUAUGUUAUCGUUUUUUAAGUAAAGAUGAUUGAAUUUUUAUUUGCUAUUGAAAUAUUUUAGGAUCUACCAAAUGUUGUUGAAUGUGUUUUUGUUUUUUUCAAAAUCAAAUGCAGAUAAUAUUUUAGACUUAAAACUAUUUUGGAGAUAAAAAAAGUCUUACUUCCCUAAAUUACAGCUAUGUUUAACAUUAGUAAAAUCACUUGCAUGCUUUUCUUCUAAAAUUCUAAUAACCAGCCUAUUAUUCAAAUUGUUCAGUCAUUAAGAUUUAUUUGUUAAAAUCCAAAUAAUAAUUUCAUAUGGCAUGCUACGUAGCAUUACAUAGUUUCAGAUUUUGUCUUACUACUACAAAAUAUCAGUUUAACUUAACAAUAUUGCUUAUGUUUGGUUUGAUUGGUUUUGUUCACGAGUUAUAUUGAAAACAGUUCAAAACCAAGUUUUACCCAGGCAUUUUUAUAGGCAUUUUUGGAACAAGUAUUUACACUCAUAUUUUGGUAAAAUUAACUUACCAGGAGUAAGAAUUGGGAAUUCACCAUGAUUUUUACUUUGGGAAUGGGACAGAAUAUCUGACCCAUGUUGCCUUGAAAAAGGCCUGUUGACCAAUUGUCCAUAGGCUAUAAGUUACAUUUAUACAUACAUGUUCACCUUCAUCGAGAUGUCUGUGCAUGGCUUUUUGAUGAGAACUGCAUUUAAGUAAACAUUGAUGCAUAAAGCUCUUUUAAAGUGGCAUUGUUUUUCUCAGUAUGAAUUGUAAUCUGUUGUGUUUGUUAAAUACUGUUGUAAGGCGUUCCAUUGUCACAGGCUGGGUACUGUAAAAUAGUAUUACUAGAUGUAUGUGUGUCAUAUUUAUACCCCUGGUUCACAAAGUGAAGUUUGGGCUAUAUAGGACUUGCACACAUCGCCAUGUGUCCAUUGGGUGGUCAGUCCAUCACGUUUUAGCGCAGUCCAUAUCUUUCUCAUUGUGGUCAGAAUUUGAGAUUAUUUGGCAGAAGUGACCACCAUAGCAUGAAGAUGUGUCGGGCACAAGACCAAUGUCCCUACCUUCAAGGUCACAGCAAUAAGUAUGUUUUGCUAUAUAAGCCUUACUGAUAAUAGUUAGUGUCUUGUCCAUAUCUUUUUCAGUCAUGGUUGGAUUUUAAAAUUAUUUUACAUAAGUGACCACCAUAGAAUGGGGCUGUGUUGGGCACAUGACCCAUGUCCCUACCUUCAAGGUCAAUGUCAGAGCAACCUUUUGAAUUUGGUAUUUGUCCCUUGGUUUGUUCCGUUUUUGUCUUGUCCAUAUUUUUCUCACUCAUUGUCAGAUUGAAACAUUUAUUUGGUAGAAGUGACCACCAUACCAUUAGGAUGUGUCCCGCACAAGACCUGUGUCCCUACCUUCAAAGUCAAGCUACCUUCUGAACUUAAUAUGUUUUGCCAUAAUAGCCUUACUGACCAUUGUAUGAGGAUAUGUCAAGAUCAAGGCAACCUUCUGAACUUAGUUCGUUUUGCUAUAUAAGCCUUACUAAUGAUAGUUUGUGUUCGGUCCAUAUCUUUAUAUAUCAGAUUUAAAUAAUUUGGCGUUCUGACACUUGACCGUGGGGAGAUAUUAAUCUCAUUCUGUAAAUGCUCUUGUUUUUUUUUGUUCCUUUAGAUAAUGCUGUACUUGUGGAAGGCUUACAAAAUAUUUUGUCAUAAUUAUAUUUUUCAUACAAGCCAUACAUGUCAAAAGGUACAAUUCCCCAAAAAACAUCUUUUAAAUUUGAUACAUGUUACUUUGUUUUAUUGCAAGUGCAAAUGAAGAUUACAGGCAAAUUCACAUUUGUGGUUUGAUCUGAAAUUUGAUCAAGACCUGAAAAUUUUCCAAAAUUUGUUGAUGAAUCUCAUUGUAAUUGAUCUCCAAUGAUAUAACUGCUCAUUAAUUCUGCCCCUGAAAUGUGUACAGAAAUGUCACCAUAUAUUUGCCAUGUAAUGGUUUACUUGCUACACUAAAUAACAACCCCAAUCAAUGAACUCAUGGAAUUUCUGUAUGCCAGUAUGGAGCCUAGGUUGUGACAUUUACAUUGAAAGUCUUAAUAUUGUUCAAAAACAAUACAUCCUGCUCGACUAUUUCUUAUGAUCAUUUGCUGGCAAAAGUCAUUUACUAGAAUCCAGACCUCAGUCAAAUUUAAGUUUGUUUCUUUUCCAAAUUCUUGCUAGUAUUUCAUUUAUUAUUUUCUAUUUUGAUAGUCCAAUUUAGCUGGUGGAAUGCUAGUUGUUUUAAUUUUGUAUACAGUAGUGACUAGGGCUGCAACAAUAUGCCAAAUUGGAAUCAGCUGUUAAUCACGGCAACUAAAUUUAAACAUUUAAUUUUUGCUUUAAACCUUACAAAUACCUUACAAGUAAUUGUCUAAUCUGACAUGUUCCAACUUGUUAUUCUUUUCUAUUAAUAAUAAUAUUUUCUUUGUAUUUUUGCACUGACUAGUAACCUUUUCUUUAAAAAUACUAGUUAAUUGUUGCAGCCCUAAUUGUGACUAUUUAUAUGCCAUGUAUUUAUAAGGCCAAAGGGUGGAUGUGUUUGAAAUUGUAGUAUAUGUUGAUCAUGCUACUAUGUCUUGUUAUUCCCAUUUGCAAAUGUAUUAUCUGAUGAAGUGUUCUGUUAUAAAUUGAUGGGUAUGUAAAUAAAACAUUUUUAACAUGCAUUAAAUGUUUUGAUAUCAAA